AUGUCGGGUCGGACCAGGAAGCGAUCGGAUGUUGAAGAUGAGGCACGGCUUUUCGGAGGGACUUACAACGACCCGAAUAUGACCCAGAUAAGACCGGGCCAGUACAAACCAAAGAAGAAGAACCCUGUUGUAAGUCUUUCCUCGUUGUGGGUUCGACCGACCCUAAUCAUCGAGUGUUCCAGGCAAUCGGUUCUUUCAAACCUGUCGAUAGAAUUACUUCUCGCCGUGAAAGUGGUCCUGUACAUGCACAAGGCGCAACAGGGAAACCACAGGAUCGUCCAAAUCAUUCCAAUCUCACCGGCUUUGAAGAAUCGAGUCGUCCAAACAAACGCCCUCGCCAAGAUGACGGAAGUGGCAGCUUGCAUGGUAGACUGGAUCGCCCCACUGAACUCUCGCCCUCCACAGACCCUGCUUGCUCGCCGGUACCCAGCCUCAACCCCCAGAUCACAGAAUCAUGUAUGGGCCCAUGACGAAUUCCGCGAAGUAGAAGGACUCGUCAGCCUCGGAAACAGGCCCGGCCAACACCAGCGCCGUCGAUCGGCCACCUCCGAGGAUGAACGCUUCAUGGCUCGUGCUACUCGCCAGCGCCAGCGCCAGUUGCGUGAGACAAAUCCAGUCUCAUCUCAAAAUCACCAAGCACUCUAUGUGGAGAUACCGAACGUCGAUACCAAGGUCUCUACAAUUGCUGCAAACAUACCGAAGUCCUCGCGUUUCCCCGUGGACGACAAGAAUACCUCGCGGGAUGGUAGAGGAAGAGAGAGCCCGGAUGAGCUACAGGGGGCCGUGACGACCGAUCCACUACCCAAAACUUUACCUCGAAAAAUCAAACCAACUCGCACUCAGGAAGUGCAAGAAGUGCCCCGCUCUCCGUCGCGCAAACGCUCUCCGUCUGAUAUCCAACAGACGGACUUUGCUGGCUCACCUCGACAAGGACCCAAAAAAGCGAAACUCGAUCACAAGCGCUCGAAAGACUCCUCACUUGAAGUGGCUCUAUUUCGUUUCGGGCCUGUCGAGAGAACCGACGCCAAUAGUCAUAUUGGUCUCGAAAUGGACGACAAGGCACUCGAAUUAAAGGAUGCUGGUCAUGGAGAAGAGCCUGUGAAAAUUCUGGUUCGACAUGUAGAUAAAGUCAUCCAGGGGAGACAAUGCUUGAAGCUCAGGAUGAUGCUGAAGCGCCACGACUCAUCAAUUGCGAACCGUGUUGACAUUGAGUUCAAAACGGUCAAGUCAAGGGAUCGAGUCGUACAAAUCUGCCAAAAAGCGGGCGUCAAAAUCGCUACUAAGGAUGCAUCAGAUAUGCAAAGGCUUUUUCUUGUAAACAAGAAGAUCAUAAGCCAGCUUCCUAGCCCCGUGAAGCGAAAACUCCCUGAACCCGAAGAAACCCCACCAGUACCAGCGGUACGCCGAAAGAUUGCAUCAUCCACCCCGGAAUCAAAUAGUGAGCCUGCGCAGAAGCGAAGUCAGACCGAAGAAAAUACUGGUGGUCGGCGUGGUAGCUUGGAAGGUGUUGCGCAAUCUGUUCCGACCACACACACCAACACCGAGGCUUCUCCUAGUGGUGAAUUUCCUGUUGAGCCCCAACAAGCCCAAGUUAAUAACCCCGGGCCUGAGAGACGAUCAACUCGGCGAAAUACGCAUCAGCCACCUAGUCCUGAAACUCACACUCCUGCUUCCGAAGUCGAUGUCGAUGACCGAGAUCGCCUUCGGGAAGACGAAUUCCUGAAUGAUAAUCUGAUCGCGUUUUAUAUGCGAUUCUUACAAGAUCAUCUGGAGCGCACAAACCCUGAGGUCGCCAAGAAGGUGUAUUUUUUCAACACUUAUUUCUUCGAGGCCCUCACCAAGUCCCCAAAGAAUGAACGUGGCAUCAACUACAAUGCCGUUGCGAAAUGGACGCGUGGUGUAGAUUUGUUCAGCUAUGAUUACGUUGUCGUCCCGAUUAACCAGAAUGCGCACUGGUACAUUGCCAUAAUCUGCAACUUGCCGAGCUUGGUGCUCGAUUCUGGGGACGGAGAAGAAGGAGAGAGGGGAGAGGUAGCCGAGUCUCCGGUCACAGAGACGGUGCCUCAUACGAAUUUGGCCGAGUCCUUCAAGAGUGGACCUCAGCCUGCAGGAACGCCUAUACGAUAUGGCAAGAAGAAAGCUCGCGGUAUACGUUACGACCCCAAACAACCCAUUAUCGUGACAUUCGACUCCUUGGAUCUUGGCCGCUCUCCAACAGUCAAGAUCUUGCGCGACUACAUCUGCGAAGAGGCAGCAGCAAAGCGCAAGUCAAAGGUCAACGACAAAGAUAUCAAGGGAAUGCGAGCUCAAAACAUCCCGUUGCAGCCAAAUUGGUCUGACUGCGGGCUGUAUCUUCUUGCCUAUGUCGAGAAGUUCACCCAGGACCCAGAGGCCUUCAUCCUCAAAGUCCUCCAAAAGGACAUGGCUCUAGAAGAGGAUUGGCCUCCCUUAGGUUCUGGGAUGUUGCGUCGGCGGCUGAGGGAUUUCUUGGACGCGCUUUACCGAGAGCAGCAGGCCCGGGAAAGAGGUGAGGAUAUCAAACAUGCCCUGGCGGACCGAACGCCGGUGUCUUUCUUGCUGGGGUCGUUACCCCCCAGUAAACAGGAUGGAGAGGCUCCUGAUUGUCCUUCGGACGGCAAUCCCGUCUCUUCGCCUGGCACGGGCGCUACAACCAACGAAGCUGUAGAAGUUCCGGAUAGCCAGGAGCGAGCGAAGCCCGUGUCCUUCGCCCGCCAGUCAUCCUCUCCAGAUCGGAGAAGAACGAGGGCCGAGAAGAGGAGGGCGCGGCCGGCGACCUCCCCUGCCGACGUGGAGGUAGUGGAAGUGGAGGACUCUCAGCCAGGUCAGGCUACUGCGGUUGAUGUGCAGGUCAGAGCAACCCCGCCACCGUUUUGGCCGCCUGGUUGA